CAUUCUCAAUUUGGAAUGGAUCAAGGAAGGUAUUGAGACCUCAACGAUGAGAGAAAGAUCCUCAGUUCAUAAACGGAAGAGCAUUGAAGACGGUGUGCUCGAAUCGGACAAUUGCAAUAAGGUCUCCAAAUCCUCCUCCAAAUUGGGAAAGAACCCCAUCCAAGAAGGUCUAGCUCAAAGGGCUUUUGGGUGGUUACAAAAUACUGACAACCUUAGUAAACUCCAAGGUCUUUUGGUGAUCAACACCCUAGCCCUUUCUGGGAUGUGGUACUGGUUCCAAUGGCAAUACGGUGCUGAUCCCUUCUCGUAUGUCCCAUUUGUUGGUUCGUCUCCGAGAGCUUCAGGAUCACCUUCAGAAUAGACAAUAUUCGGUUCAUGAGCUUUACCAUUCCGAGUUGGUCCGAUUUUAUACCCUCCUUGCAUUCUUCUUUGCGAUGGUAUUUAUUCUGCCGAUGACUCCACUGAUUCUAUUCACCUAUCUUGACACAGAGCCGUCCAUCAAUCCCAAAGUUUUCGAAUUCUUGUACAAUGUCGCCGCCCGGGAAAAAAACGAAUAGCAAGAAAGCUAAAUCCAGACCCACUCUUGACUCCAUUGCCAAUGCCAAACUUGAAGAAGAGUUCCAAGUGAUUGAAGAAGACCCCGAUUCAGUCUCCUGUACCUCAGACAGUGAAGGAGAGCAACUCAUUCAAAAUGGAGGCGUUGUCGAGGAUUCAAAAGAGAUGUUGGAACGCGUCCGCAAGAUCGAGUCCGUGCCCAUUGGCUUUAAGGAUUUCGUUAGUGUGCUCGACUUCGAAAUGUUGGGAUUGUUCGUCAAAUGCAUGCUCGGCUUCUUUUUCGCUAGUCUAAUCCUGAGCUUGAUCUUCUUGGUAUUUGUGUUCUUCUUCAACGAAGACCUCUGGUUCGAGUAUUUCCCAGUCAGUGACGACCUCGAGACCUCAUCACCAUUCAAGUUUGAGCUUUAAGACGCUAUCCAAUAUAGGUCAUUGAAAAUGAGUUUGGCUUCCGAGUCGCCCCAGAUCAAUGAUAUGAUGCAUUUCCUCCAAGAUUCGACUAACUUUGCCAUAGCCUUUGGCGUAUUCAUCCUCCUAUUUGUGUGUGCCGUCAUUGGUCUCUACAUGGUUUGUUGUAUUUGUUCCAUGCGCGGGGAAUUGGACAUUGUGACUGAUGAUGAGACAGGUAAACCCAUUAACAAGAUAUUUUUCCGAAACCCUUUCAAGAAGAAGGAGCCCAUCUUGCCCGUUUCUGUGGAGCAAAACUAAGCUUCAAGCAUGUCUCAAGCGUCGGGACCCCAGACUCUGGUCCUGUUGGUGGUCAUGGUUGUCACCACAAUCUGGUUCACCAACAUCAUACUGAAAAGUUUGGACAUCCUUUAUAAACCCAAAGUCAAUCAAUGGAUCCGGAAGAAGCCUGGUUUGGAAGGGUCCGAGUUUUGCCCCUUGAACCAACCCAGUUGCGACAACGGCAAAAGUGACACUGUCAAUAGCUUCACGGAACUAGAUGAGUUGGCAAUCAAGCAAUUGGAAGAGGAACUCAUGGUCUUAAAGGCCUUGCGAGGCUAUUCUCGGCCAUCGAAAAAAGUAAAUUCUGCCAAUCUUCGUGAGGAUUUGCCAGAAUUGGCUUCGAUCAAAAAGUCUCCCAGAUUUUACUCCCAUUACGACGAUGCCAUCACGGAUUCCUCUCCUGAUACAGUUCAAGAGGACCGUGGCUCUCAAAGACUUGACACGCUUGACUACUGCACGAUGAAUCCGUACUCUAAUGAGGAGGAACAAUGCGGUCCUAAUCUCAAUGUGGUUUCGUCUCAUUAUGAAGAGGAAGAUGCGUCGGAUUCACUUUCUCCUUUGAAUUCUCGCUCCUUCGCGGUUGAAGAGGAGUCUGAUUUUGAAACUGGACAUCACAAAAGAUGUCGCAAAGCAUUUCUGUGGAAGGACGUCUUAAAAUUGUUCACCACUCCUUCUAAGGAGGGAGAUGCAAGUCAUUUUGGGAUUUGCCCGAUGCAGACUUGAAAAAAAGAUCAUGUUCCAUUCAUCUCAUACCAUUUGUUAGAUAUAGGUAUAAUUUCUAGACUAGUUAGAACAAUGACGUUCUCUCAACUCCUACCUUACCUCGAUUACCCUGUAGUUUUGUUAGAAUUAAGUAGUUUUAGUCCCACGGGAGCAUUCCCAUAUCGGCACAUCUCCCAAAUGCACUUUGUUGAGGCCAAAAAAGGGGCCUAAAACGGAAUAAUUGCAACUUUCUUUUUUCCUUUUUAAUGAUAUCCAUCCAUUUACGUUUUUUGAGCCAGGUGGGGGCAAUAAAGAAUUCGAUAAAAAUCAACCAACUUUCAUCUGUCGGUUUAACAAAA